GGCGGGCGCCGCUCGGUUCGGUUCGGCCCCGCUCGGUUCGGCCCCGCUCGGUUCGGCCCCGCUCCCGGGCCGUCAUUGGCGGCCCCGCGGCGCUGGGAGCGGGGCGGGGAGGCGGGAGCGGCCCCCGCAGAGCCGCCGGCCCGGCCAUGUGCCGACAGGGGUGGCUGCUGCCGGCUGCCUGCUCCGCGCCCGCCGCUGCCGCCCGCCUCCUCAGCCUCCUUCCUGCCGCUUAUUUUUAAUAUAUUUUUUUAAAAUCGUUAUUUCAUUUUUAAGAUUAAAAAAAAAAAAAACAAAACACCAAAAAAAACCAAACCACGUUUAUUUUGGUAUUGAUGCUCUCCGAGCGGGAGACUUCGGGAGACGCGGUCCUCACCUGAGCGAGCCGGCCCCAUUCCCCCGUGUGAAGGCUGUUAAUGGAGAAGAGGGCGGAUGACAGCCGGGACCGUGGUCAUCACAGGUGGAAUAUUAGCGACUGUCAUCUUACUCUGUAUCAUCGCCGUCCUCUGCUACUGUAGGCUCCAGUACUACUGCUGCAAGAAGGAUGAAUCCGAGGAGGACGAGGAGGAGCCCGACUUCGCCGUGCACUCGCACAUCCCUCCGCUGCACUGCAACCGCAACGUAGUGCUGACCAACGGCCCCUCGCUCUACUCCUCAUCCCCCUUCGCCAAAAAACCAGCCCAGAGCCGGCCCAGCUGCCCCAGCUGUGCUCCCUACGAGCCCCCCACCUCCUUCCUCCAAGAGCCCCCUACCUCCUUCCUCCAGGAGCCCCCCACCUCCUUCCUCCAAGAGCCCCCCACCUCCUUCCUCCAGGAGCCCCCCACCUCCUUCCUGCAGGAGCCCCCCACCUUUUUCCUGCAGGAGCCCCCCGAGGAGCUGCACAACGGGGGUGACAGGGUGAGCUACAAGACGGUGAGCCAGGAGGAUCUGGCGCUGCCCGUGUCCAACCUGCAGGCGCUCAACCCCAACCGGCUCUCGGCCAUGCGGGAGGCGUUCUCCCGCAGCCGCAGCAUCAGCACCGAUGUGUGAGGUGCAGCCGGGCCGCCCAGCCCCGGGGGAUUUGGACAGCGGGGAGGACCGGUUGGAAUUGCUGGAGGAGUUUUGAAUAGGGAAAAAAACAAAAACAAAACAAAAAAAAAAAAAAAAAAAAAAAAAGAAGUGAAUGUAUUUCGACGGGCUGGUGGUAUAAAGGGGGAGCAGAGCAACCCCAAGUGAGGAGUGUGGGGGUGCAGCUGGAACAAGAGGUUUCCCAGCUCUGUGUUGCUUGCUUUUUUCUUUUAUAAAGAGGAUUUUGAUAUUGAGCAUCCUUUUCUACAGAGGAGUUGCCCCCUCCUCAGCACUGGGCCAGGGGGUGAUGAGCAAAUGAUGGGGCUCACGGGUGGCUGCAAACAGCUCGUGCUGCAGGUCAGCAGCAGCUGCUGGCAUGACCUGGGGGCCCCAGGAUACACUCAGCCACCCCAAAAUGUCCUCGAGCAAAGCAAGGCUGUCACCGGCCACCCUCCUGCCAGCCUGUGCUGUGCUGCUCCCUGCUGCAGCCGUGCGGGUGGCUGUGGGUGUGAGCCCUGCACCAUUCCCAGCCCAUCCCACUGCUCCAGCCAGGGUUAAUCCCAGGAGCCAGGCACAAUCCCCUCAGGGUUAGGAUGGUGGCUGGGCCUGUCCCUGGAGCCCCCCAGAGUGGCCUCAUGGAUCCCCUGGAGGAGCUGGGCUGGGGAUGUGAAACCUCUGCAUUACUGGGUGAUGGAAAUAACACACAGCACACCUUGGGAUGGAGGAACAUCCCUGUGGAUAAUCACAUCCCUGCUCCAAGUGAUGCCACACACAACUGGCUGAGGGCUCCAUGGCACGGGGGUCACCAUGUGUGUGCCCACCCCUUGCAUGCACAUUUUUACACACAUUUAUUUGUUUGGGAGAGGUUUUUUUAAACAAAAAUAAAAGACAAAAAGACACAAAAGAAACAGAACAGCAUCAAAACACUUUUAAAUUUGAUCAAAGCCUCUAAUUUGCAUUUUGCAUUGAGCCAUUUCCCGUGGCUGGGCAGCCUGGCAGUGGCACCAGCUCUGUCCCACGCUGGAUGCAGCAGGGACAGCCCUGGGGGAGCAGCAGGCUCAGAGCUGGUCCCUCUGCACCAUAUGUGCUGCAAGGGAGCCCUCGGGCUAACUCAGAGAUUUAGGAGAGGAAUUGCAGCUCUGAGGGGCCUCCUGCUCUGGUUUCUCCUGGCUGUCUCCAUUCCUCCCCUCCGAACCUCACCACACUCCACGUGACAGAAUUCCCUGUUUCUCCUGGACUGGGCAUUAUUCAGGUUAAAAUCAUCACCUGGGGAUGGCUGGCGAGGAUGGACUGGCUGCACAGAGACUCAGAUGGCCUCAGGGCUGUGCUCCAGGGAGAUUUUUCCUUUUUCAAGAUGUUCUGGGAAGAAGCAGCCCCCAGGGCUCACGGACACUGUUGCAGCCCGGCUGGGUGUUUUACUUCCAACCACGAGGGCUUUUAAUUCCACAGGAAACCUUUUGAAGUACAAGUCAGUCUUUGCAAAUGAGUAUCUUUGACUUUCUUGGGGGGGGUUUCUCUUUGGGGUGGGGAGGGCUGGGGUUGGUUUCCUACGUGUUGAAUAUUCCGGGCUUGGUCCCUGUGGCCCAGCACAUCCCGGAGGGAUGCAGCCACUCAGGCCAUGCCCCCAUGUACAGUUCUCACUGGGGUUUGUUCCCAUGCCUUGAGCCCUUCUCUUCCCAUUUUUCGUGAUUUCUCCUACCAGCCUUCCUUUCCUCCUUUUUUUCCUUGUUUCUUUCCCUUGUAGCUUGGAAAUUCAGCAAAUGGUUGGCUUUCACUAACCCUCACCUGGUGAUCUGUUGUACAGGACUUUGGGAAUCUCGGAUUUGGGGAGGGAAAAAGUCAAAAAAUAAAAAAAAAAAAUAAAUUA